AUACAGCCUAGUGAGCCGUAGUGACUCUAGUCUAGUCCCCUACUAAUUCCGGGUUAGCCAGCUCAUCCUUUCUCUUUCCUGCAGACUGCUGCAGGACGUUCGCUUCCUUUGUUUUCGACAUUCAUUUUUGCUGUCGCUGUCGUUGUUGGUGACAUCGACAAACUGAAACAUACUCCGGCCGAUUUGCUGCCAAUCCAACUCUUAUUAAUCCCAAGGCUACUGUGAGGUCGUAUGACCCCUUCAAACAUGGAACCACAGGCCCCAGCACUACUCAGCACACCGCGGAUGUUGAGUCUUCUAGGCUCUAUCCUCGUAUCUCUCAGUUCAGGGACAAACUAUAUAUACUCUGCAUACUCUCCGCAGUUGGGCGCGCGUUUGUUUCUCUCCCACACCCAGUUGAACGUCAUUGGCCUCGCAGGGAAUGUGGGCGUAUAUCUCAGCGGCCCAGCCUGGGGUCGGGUAGUCGAUUCCAGGGGUCCUCGCAUUCCGCUCAUCACAGCCUCUGUCUGUCUCCUCGUCGGAUAUCUCGGCAUUAAGCGCAUCUACGAUGGUGGUGUCGGAACAGCAUCAUCAUUCAUGCAUGUUGUCGCCCUCAUUGCCUGCACCUUCAUGACAGGCUUGGCUGGAAAUGCGGGCCUUGCUGUUGCUAUGAACACUACAGCUAAGAGCUUUCCUGAAGCCUCGCGCGGGACCACAACAGGUCUCGUUCUGUCUGGUUUCGGCUUAUCCGCAUUUUUCUUCGCGGCUAUUGCCAGUGUCGCAUUCCCCGGAGAUAUCUCUGCCCUUCUCCUUAUCCUGGGCCUCGGCGCCGCCACGCCCAUGCUUCUUGGUCUUGUUAUAGUCCGUCAAAUACCAUUACCUCCCGCAAGCACCACACUCGGUAUCGAAGGGGGCCUACAUGGACGCGAGGAAUACCAGUCUAUUCCUAGCGGCGAUGCCGCUCUAUUUAUUCGUGAGAAUGACAGCAAUACCUCCCUUCUCGAUCCCACGGAACACGUACACGAGGCAUCAAACUACCACGUCCCCGAAUCAUCGACCGCGGUGGAACUUGUGCCAGACCGGAUUGCAUCCAGAGGGUCAAGUAUCAAGAGGGAUGCGAGCCGCGCAAAGUCCGUGCACGAUGGCCCCAAUAUCUAUGGGAAGCAACUGUGGCUUACCUCGGACUUUUAUCUUAUUUUCGUUAUAAUGUCACUUCUGAGUGGAACUGGGCUUAUGUACAUCAACAAUGUUGGCUCCAUAUCUCAAGCAUUAUAUGCCAAAGGGAAUCCCAACUACGACGAGUUAGAAGCCUCGCGAUGGCAAGCAGCACAAGUCUCAACUCUCAGUAUCUGCAACUUCGCAGGACGUAUUCUUAUUGGAUUGAUCGCGGACUUGACCCGAAUUCGCCUACGUCUCCCUCGUGCAUACUGUUUUUGCAUCGUUUCAACACUCUUUGUCAUAUCUCAAUUAACUGCCAUCAACGUUAACGACGUCGCGCAUCUUUGGAAAGCGACCGCGAUACUUGGGCUUGCAUACGGUAGUCUGUUCGGCAUUGCCCCCACGAUCGUCAUCGACUGGUUUGGACUAUCACAUCUCUCGGAGAAUUGGGGGUAUGUCUCACUCAGUCCACUUGUGGGAGCGAAUAUCUUCUCGCUCAUGUUUGGGCGCAACCUCGAUUCACACGCCUCGAACGAUGACAGCGAGACGCACUCUCCUUUGUCUUUGAAGCGUGGCGGUCUCCCAAGCGAACACCAAUGUUUUGAUGGACGCAACUGCUAUGUCUCGAGUUUGUAUGUAACGGCGACAGCGUGUUUGAUUGCACUUGGGUUGAGCGUGUGGGCGGGAAUGAGGGACCAGAGAAAGGCAAUGGAGGCAAAGAGGGAGGUUGUAUGGGAUGCUGAUGAGUAGAUGGAGAGUUAGGCAGAUACCCGGUGAAAUAUAUAUUUAUCGUAGACUUGCUAGAAACGCGAAAUUGCGGUCCACACCACAAAAGAUGUGCAACGGGCGCUGAGUAGGCGAGGCUGCAUGCAUAUUCCCCGUGCCUGCCACUUGCAAUGUUCGAACGUUCAUGGAUCAGCAGUGUCGUUAUAUUUACUUGCAACAUAGAUAGGU